CACCAGCGCAACUCUUCAGUCGAUGAUCAGUUCUCGUUCAAGUUGGUUCGUUGCCUGCAUCUUCAAAUUGGAUACUCAGUGAAUAGUGCCGAGUCACGACAGUUGGAUAUUACAUCUGCGUUUUCUUCUAAUUCAAGUCAUAUAUUCUAGUGAAGUGUGUUUAUCUGUAUUUAGUGUGUUGUAAAAAAUAUUCAGACUGUGAAUUUGUUCUCCAAAUGGUUGUUCUGGAAAGUGCUGGCGGUAUCAUGAACACCGGUGGAAGUCCCUACUUGCAGCCAGACUAUCUGUCGCCUCUGCCCACUACGUUGGAUGCGAAGAAGAGUCCACUAGCGCUGCUUGCUCAAACAUGCAGUCAGAUUGGAGCCGACUCUCCUGGAUCGAAAACAUUGUUGCCGUCUCUGGAAAAGUCGAAGAAGUCAUCAAGUCCCCGUCCCAAGCCCCAGCAACAACAGCAGCAACAGCAGUCGCAGACUCAACCUCCUCAGCCUCAACAAACCCCACCACAGCAGACCACCGACACCUCCCGACUUGCGUUCAAGCCUUAUGAAGCCAACGUUCUCACCAGGAAAAGCGAAACACCUCGGCCUUCUUCAAAAUCCGCUCAAGAAUCAGAAGAGAAGUGCCGCACACCUAGUCGCAAAUCAUCAACCCCAUCUGGCGAUAAGUCACCCGCUCCAGCCAAAUCAACUUCACCAGUCGACAGUGGAGCUAGUCCAAUCAUCCGUUCCGGCUUGGAAAUUCUACAGGGUCACCCAAAAGAUCUGCCUCUUGGAACCUACAAACACCCAGGUCUUGGACUGACCGGUCUACCUUCAGCGUGCUGCCCUCCCUCGCUCGAUGCUACAAACCCCGCUUUCCGUCCACCGUUCGCGGGAGGUCCCUACUCUCCACACCACGCCGCGAUGCUGAGUGGCUAUCCAUCACCUGGACCCUAUGUCAGCUAUGCGAGAGUCAAGACAUCUUCAGGCGGAGAAGCAUUGGUGCCAGUUUGUAAGGACCCCUACUGCACAGGCUGUCAGCUAAACAUGCACGGAGCCCUAGUGGGUGGCGGAGCUUGUCCCAGUGGCUGCACACAGUGUGAUCACCAGAAGUACGGCCUUGCAGCUGCUCUGUCCGGCCUUGUCCCCCCGCCCCUCUCAUAUCAGCACCUUGGAAGGCCUUAUAUUUGUAACUGGAUUGCGGGUGAUAACUACUGUGGAAAACGAUUUGGAACUUCAGACGAACUGCUGCAACACCUGAGAACGCACACCACCUCAUCCGACCUGCUAAAUCCCCUUCGCUACCCGAACCCCCCUCUCAGCCCCCUGUCGGCCGCCGCCCGCUACCACCCCUACUCCAAGCCCGGCCUCCCCGCCCUCGCUUCACCAUAUUCAGCGUUCAACCCGACCCUCGGCCCCUAUGCCUACUCACCCUAUGCCUUGUAUGGCCAAAGGCUUGGAGCUGCUGCUGUUCACCCAUAACAAGGAGAUUCUCCUCCAAGUGACGACUUGUGCUGUGAUAAUCGCCCACUCUCAAACAAUCCAAAGUGAACUAUCUAGGAUGAAGACUGAUUUCGUGGGUUUCUUAUGAAUGUGUAAUACACCGAUGUUUCAUUACUUAUUUAUUUGAUGUUAUUUGCUUGUGAAUUUCAAAAAGUCUAUAAACAUACAAAUUGAUAUUCAAAUUAUUAUAAUGUACAUAAAUAUCGAUCUUAGUUCAUCAUACGUUUUAAUUGUGUUGCUUUAAUAAACUUGAAAUUGUUUCUUUAUCUAAA